CUGAAACUUAGUCCAAGUUGUUCCUGUUCCACCUCCCAGUCUUUGAACUCUCUCUCUCUCUCUCAUUCUUUUUUGCAUCCUCUCGAAUGGCGAGAUUUAAAGACAGUUUUCCAGGAUCUGUCCUGCUCACCCUUCUCUUUUGUGGAAUUUGCACUCAAGCGUGUCCCAACCGCUGCAUUUGCUCUGGAUCCAACGUGGAUUGCCAUCAUUUGGGAUUAAAGGCUGUCCCGAGAGGAAUACCAAGGAAUACGGAGAGACUUGAUCUGGACAAGAACAACAUUACACGGAUUUCAAAGAUGGACUUUGUUGGACUGAAGAAUCUUCGGGUUUUACAUCUUGAGGAGAACCAGAUCAACGUGAUCGAAAGAGGAGCCUUCCAGGAUCUGAAGCAGUUAGAAAGACUGCGACUCAACAAGAAUAAACUGCAAAUACUUCCUGAGCUUCUCUUCCAGGGCACCCCCAAGCUCUCCCGACUGGACUUAAGUGAGAACCGGAUUCAAGCUCUUCCCCGAAAAGCAUUCCGCGGUAUUGUUGACAUCAAAAACCUGCAACUGGACAAUAACCACAUAAGUUGCAUAGAGGAUGGAACGUUCCGAGCCCUGCGUGACCUGGAGAUUCUCACCCUCAACAAUAACAACAUCAGCCUCAUCCCAUUGACCAGUUUCAACCACAUGCCAAAGCUAAGGACUUUGCGGCUUCACUCCAACAACCUGAUCUGUAACUGCCACUUGGCCUGGCUUUCUGAUUGGCUACGGCAACGUCGUCCCAUUGGCCAAUACGCACAGUGCACUGGCCCCAUUCACCUGAGGGGCCUCUAUGUUGCCGACGUCCCAAAGAAAGAAUUUACCUGCAGCGGUCCUCAGUCCCCCGAGACUCAGUCGUGUAGCGCCCAUGCUACAUCAUGUCCACCAGCGUGCGUGUGCAGUAACAGCAUCGUCGACUGCCGAGGGAAAGGCCUGACCGAAAUUCCAGUCAACCUUCCGGAAAACAUUGUGGAAAUACGUUUGGAACAAAAUUUGAUCAAGACCGUGGGAGCUGGUGCGUUUAGCCAGUACAAGAAGCUCAAACGCUUAGACUUGAGUAAGAACCAAAUUUCGGAGAUUGCAGCAGAUGCAUUCCAAGGACUGCGAUCACUCACCUCACUUGUCCUCUAUGGAAACAAGAUUACUGAACUCCCCAAGGGCCUGUUUGAUGGGCUAAUAUCGAUUCAGCUGCUAUUGCUGAAUGCCAACAAGAUUAACUGCUUGCGUGUAAACACCUUCCAGGACUUGCAGAACCUCAAUCUCCUUUCACUGUACGACAACAAGCUCCAGACCAUCACAAAGGGACUGUUUACACCACUCCACUCCAUUCAAACGCUCCACCUGGCCCAGAAUCCUUUCGUGUGUGACUGCCAUCUCAGGUGGUUGGCUGACUAUCUCCACAACAACCCCAUUGAAACUAGCGGUGCCCGCUGUACUAGCCCACGUCGACUGGCUAAUAAACGCAUCAACCAGAUCAAGGCUAAAAAAUUCCGAUGCUCAGGAUCAGAUGACUACCGGACUAAGCUAAGUAAUGACUGCUUCAUGGACCUGGUUUGCCCUGAGAAAUGCCGCUGUGAGGGCACUGUCGUGGACUGCUCCAACCAGAAGCUCACCAGGAUACCCAGCCAUGUCCCAGAAUACGCCACUGAACUGCGAUUGAAUGACAACGAAUUAACUGUCUUGGAGGCAACAGGUAUCUUUAAGAAGCUACCGAACCUGCGUAAAAUAAACUUGAGCAACAACAAGAUCAGAGAUAUCCGGGAGGGAGCAUUCGAAGGGGCUUCAGGAGUCUUGGAAUUAUUGCUGACUGGAAAUGAACUGGAAAUGGUCCAUAGCCGAAUGUUUGCUGGUCUCUCUGGACUUAAGACGCUGAUGCUGCGGAACAACCUGAUCAGCUGCAUCAACAAUGACACGUUCACUGGCCUUAGCUCUGUCCGGCUGCUGUCGCUGUAUGAUAACCAGGUCACCACUAUCACCCCCGGAGCUUUCAAUACUCUCCAUUCUCUCUCAACCAUCAACCUUCUGGCCAAUCCCUUCAACUGUAACUGUCACCUGGCCUGGUUGGGGCGGUGGCUGAGGAAGAGAAGGGUCGUCAGUGGGAACCCACGCUGUCAGAAGCCGUUCUUCCUCAAGGAGAUCCCGAUCCAGGAUGUGGCAGUUCAGGAUUUCACCUGUGACGUGGAUAACAACGAGAGCAGCUGCCUGCCAGGCGCCCACUGUCCCGAACUCUGCAGCUGUGUCGACACAGUGGUUCGAUGUAGUAACAAAGGAUUUCGCACCUUGCCAAAAGGCAUUCCCAAAGAUGCAACUGAGCUAUACUUGGAAGGAAAUCAGCUGACUUCAGUCCCCAAAGAGCUGUCUAAUUUCAAACAUUUAUCACUCAUAGAUUUAAGCAAUAACAGUAUCAGCGUGCUGAGCAAUUCUAGCUUCAGCAACAUGUCCCAGCUCUCAACGCUAAUUCUGAGCUACAACCGAUUGAGGUGCAUUCCCGUUCAUGCUUUCGACGGUCUGAAAUCUCUGAGGUUGUUGACCCUACACGGUAAUGACAUCUCCACCAUUCCUCAUGGAGCAUUCAGUGGUUUAUCGUCACUAUCUCACCUUGCCCUCGGGGCUAAUCCCCUGUACUGUGAUUGUAACCUGCAUUGGCUGUCUGAAUGGGUGAAGACAGGCUACAAGGAGCCAGGCAUUGCUCGCUGCACAGGGCCAGAAGACAUGAACGAGAAACUCCUCCUCACGACACCCACAAACAAGUUCCACUGCAAAGGUCCACUGAACAUUGCUAUCUUAUCCAAGUGCAAUCCCUGCUUGUCCAGCCCUUGCAAAAACAAUGGGACCUGUAACAGUGACCCAGUUGAGUUCUACAGAUGUACCUGUCCCUAUGGUUUUAAGGGCCAGGAUUGUAAUGUUCCCAUCAACGCCUGCAUCAACAGCCCAUGCCAAAACCGAGGGACCUGUCGCCUCAGUGAGGGAGAGAAGCGUGGAUUCAGAUGCCUUUGUCCCGCAGGUUUUGAAGGGCAGUUGUGCGAAAUAAAUCCUGAUGACUGCGAGGAUAAUGACUGUGAAAAUAAUUCUACGUGUGUAGAUGGAAUCAAUAACUACGCCUGUCUUUGCCCACCCAAUUACACAGGUGAACUGUGUGAAGAGGUUGUGAACUACUGUGUUCCAAGCCACAAUCCUUGCCAGCAUGGCUCCAAAUGUAUCUCAAGGGACAGGAAGUACAAGUGCGAAUGCUUGCCUGGAUACACUGGUGAAAACUGCCAAACUGAUUAUGACGACUGUGUGGAGAACAAGUGUCGGCACGGUGCACGGUGUGUUGAUGCCAUUAAUGGCUACACAUGUGUCUGUCCCACUGGCUUCAGUGGACUGUUCUGUGAGAUCCACCCACCCAUGGUCCUACCCCGUACCAGCCCCUGCGACAAUUACAGCUGCCAGAAUGGGGCUCAGUGCAUCGAGGUACACAACGAGCCUGUCUGCCAGUGUCUCGCUGGCUUUGCCGGGCAGCAGUGUGAGAAACUUGUCACCGUCAACUUUAUCGGGAAGGAUUCUUAUGUGGUGCUUCCAGCCUCCCAGGUUCGGCCGCAGGCAAAUAUCUCUCUCCAGGUUGCCACUGACAAGGACAAUGGUUUACUGCUGUACAAAGGUGACAAUGACCCUCUGGCUCUAGAACUCUACCAAGGACAUGUUCGGCUGAUAUAUGAUGCUUCAAGCUAUCCCCCUACCACUGUGUACAGUGUGGAGACGAUCAACGAUGGACAAUUUCACACUGUUGAGUUGAUGAUGAUGAAUCAGUCACUGAGCCUAGUCGUUGAUAAAGGAACGCCCAGGAGCCUGGGGAAGCUGCUCAAGCAACCAACUCUGAGCCUGAACUCCCCGCUGUAUAUUGGAGGCAUCCCCCCCGUCUCAGGGGUAGCAGCGCUCCGCCAAGGACCUGACCGCAAUCUCAACGGUUUCCAUGGCUGCAUUCACGAUGUGCGCAUCAACAACGAGCUGCAGGAUUUCAGGAGCUUGGCCCAGAUGCCCCUGGGCGUCUCUCCAGGUUGCAGGUCCUGCAACAUCUGCAAAAACGGUGUGUGCCGCUCGCUCGAUCAGUCCAGCAUCACCUGCGAUUGCCAUCCUGGCUGGAUGGGGCCAUUGUGCGACCAGGAAGCCCAGGAUCUCUGUGCUAACAACAAGUGUGUUCACGGGACCUGUGUAGUGUCUGACUUUGCAUACCGCUGUCUGUGCAAGGAAGGCUAUGUUGGCAGACUCUGCGACAAAGGUCAACUGAUGGACAACUGUCAGAACCUGAAGUGUGGCCACGGCCACUGUAAGAUCUCCGGGCAAGGGGAGCCAUAUUGUGAGUGUAACACCAACUUUACUGGAGAAACGUGCCAAACAGAGCUCCUUUGUCAAAAGGAAAUGAUCCGGGAUGUCUAUCGCAAGCAGCAAGGCUAUGCCUCAUGCCAGACCACAGUCAAAGUCCCUCGACUGGAAUGCAAGGGGAGCUGUGCCAAUGGAGAGUGCUGUGUGCCCCUACGUAGCAAGCGACGGAAAUAUGUCUUCCAGUGUACAGAUGGCUCCUCAUUUGUGGAAGACGUGGAGCGGGUUGUUGACUGCGGCUGUGGGAGUUGUUCAUCGUAGGGGUCCCAAAAUGGGAAGCGGAGGCUUAACCAACAGCAUGUGCCUGUGACAAGUAUUGAACCCUUUAACUCUCGUAGUGGACCAAAAGAAAUGGAAAUAUAUUGUAAGAUAACAAAUAGAACCUAUUUUUAUUAUUAAGAAAAGGACUAUUUUCUUCAGGUAUUACUAAAAUAUAUCACAUCACCUGGGUAUGUAUAUCAUACUUUGAUACCUUUGCAAGAUUUUUAUUUUCUGUUUUAUUAACCUGACAGAGAUGUUCUGGGAAAAGCUUGCUCGUUUGGUUGAUGUGAAAGUGUUUGAAAGACCUGUUGUAUUGCUGUCCACCUGACUGACAAAGGUAAAUAAGAAGUUCAAAGCUUUUGAAGAAAGGAACAUCGCUGAACACCAACUGGCUCUUCAUUUUACUGUAGCCUCCAUCAUCUUUGCAGACCUCUGUGUCAAAAGACCUUUCGCAUGACCGUCAAUACAGUGUAGUCAAUACUCUCCAGACCCCCAAUAACUUGCAGUCUUGGAUUUAGCAAUCAUAAUGCAGGUGAAUCUGAGACCGCCAGUGCUCCUGUGUAACUGAUAGCAGCUUCUAGCAUCCACACUUGCACAGUUAAACAGAAAUCCAGAAAUUGUCAUCAGUGGUUCUUGUGCUUCUCUAUGGGUAGCACCAUCAAAGUUGCUAUGGACCAAGUUUAUUAUUGACCAACAGGAAAAAUAUUGGGCUGAUCAGGACCUCCACUUUUACACCACUUUCCUUGCUGAAAAUGUUGCCAUUUUUAACUGCUCUUAACAUUUCGAAAUUAUUACUGAACAACUAUGGUCCUGAAACACAUUUCCUAUUUGUCAAUAUCAAAAUUUUAUGAUGUUUGGAAAACUGUGACAUUUUGACUUGAUCCCAAGUGUCUGUCUCAAACUUUAUUUCACUCUUCAUGAAGCUACAUUUGACAAUCACAGAUAAUUGGUGCUUUUACCUUCCUGACUUAACGUCUGUGGGAAUUCUCCAAAGCAAUUCAUCACUUGUCCUGGUUAAUUGCAGAACACUUGGAGAUUGUCUUAACUUGAUGUUGUAGGCCAGACCAGACCCCCUCAAUAUGUAUAGACCCUAACUUGUUCUUACUUUAAAGGUAAGUGUCAGGCAUUGCAUGCCAGAUGCAAUGCAACUGGCCAACUGCAUGACAUUAAGCAAAACACAAUUUAUUCAAACCCUAUAGUUAAAACACAACAAAAGAAAGAAGAAGGCGUGAAACAUCAGCUUUCCUACUCCUCUGAUGCUGCCUGGCCUGCUGUGUUCAUCCAGCUGUACAUCUCGCUAUCUCUGAUAAAAGAAAAAAGAAGUGGGAUUACUUAACUUUGCUUGAAAACUUAACAGAAUGAUAGAUACAGUAACUAUUACUAAUUAACUGUUCCAAUAUAGUAACAUCCCAUAAACACACCCUUGGCAAAAGGCAAAUUCAGAAAACGGAAUUUUGCUACACGCAAUCCAGCAGCCCAGGAACAGAACCCAUAGCUUUUGGCUGUGAUUGAGAGAGGAGAGAGAAAAGAAAAGUUUCCAUUUCUUCAAGCCCACAAUGACAACUGCUGGUGAAGACUAAACGGUAAAAAUCCCUGGUUCUGUGGGUGAGUGCUUGUCCACACCUAGUCAGGCUGCUUCUAUUGUUCCAACUUUGAAAAAAACACCCACGGCUUCACAAGUUGUUUAUCUUCUCCAGGACUGCUCGGCACCUGUGCCCCACCCCCCCAAGUCUCUGUUUCUCUGUAGAGGAAACAAGGACAAAAUACACCCCUUAAAGCCACAGCAUCGUGACACUGGGCACUGCAAUUAAGUUAAUGCUGGAGACAAUGGAAUCGGUGAGGUUGGGAUAACUAGAUCGUUGUUGACAGCUUUCUUUGAGGUCAGUGUUACGCAGUGUCUCUUUGCAGAUCGGAAAGCACAGGCCAUUGUUCACAAUAACAAUGUGAAACAUACAGUAGAAACUCAAUAACAUGAAUACAAUACAAAAUCCAUUACAGAUACCCAACAACACGCAUAUGGUGUGAACCAUACUGCAGAUAUCCAAAAAUGAGAAAACGUGUCGAGCAUUUGGUAAAGAAACAAAACAACAUGUAGACCAUAGUACGUGCCCAGUAUCCUAGAUAACAGGAUAUAGUUUAUCACAGAUUCCCAAUAACCAAGUGAAAAAUAUAUGUACUCAAUUUACACAAGUGGCCUAAACACCGAGCAAUAUAUUGAAGAUACCCAAUACUCUAUUAAUAUAAUGUGGAAUACCCUUUUGUUACCUAGCCAUGAGUACCAUGCAGAUAUCCAAUACCAGAUUAUAGAAUUCCUAAAGUGUGAUAGCAGGUCAUUCGGCCCAUCAAGUCCACACCAACUGUCUGAAGAGUAUCCCACCCAGACCCACCCCAUCCCUAUAACCCUGCAUGUCUUAUGGCUAAUCCACCUGGCCUACGCAUCCCUGAACACUGCAGGCAAUUUAGCGUGGCCUAUCCACCUAUAGCCUGCACAUCUUUGGACUGUGGGAGGAAACCCACACAGACAGGGGGAGCAUGUGCAAACUCCAUACAGACAGUCGCCCUGUCUGUGCAGACAUUGCACAUGCUCCCCCUGUCUGUGGUAGUACCAAACCGCGCCAUGAGGUAGCAGUACUCACCACCGAGCACCAUGCCACCCUAUGAAGAUCGAUGAAAUUCAUGGUCAGACUACUGCAUGCAGUAUCUCAGUUGGUUGCAGAACACUAGAGUUUAUAAUGAAAAUCUCCAGAAAUUCAAAAUUGAUCAGGAAAUAAACAUACAAACUGAUAGGGCUGCAUGAGCCCUGCACGUAGCCCAUAGGUCACCAUCUGCACAUUCCCACAUCGGGAGCUGACCCUGCACAAACAUCACCUGAGAGACAUUUACUCAUUAUAGUUACAGAGCACAGAAACAGACCCUUUGGCCCAACUCAUCCGUGCCGACCAGAUAUCCUAAAUUAAUCUAAUCCCAUUUGCCAGCAUUUGGCCCAUUGCCCAAUAACAUUUAAUCAAGAGCUUUUCAUCUCAAACAAACAUAAUUAAAUGUCUAGACCUCAAGGCUCCUGUCAUUGCUAAAUGGUCCUCAAGCAGAAAGUAACGUUCCUUUAUCCAUUAGACAAUGUUACCAGACAUUAGAUCAUACUGUUGAGGAAAUGCGUAUAAAAUUUAACUCUGAUAACCAUAGUACAUGCAGUACAGAAGAAAAUUAUACAUCUGAACAGAUGUUGGGUUGAUUCUUUACUGUGACACCCCAGAGCUGUAUAAAACUGCACGGUGUUGUGUGAUGCCUGAGCAUCUUAUUGAUAUUCUGUCUCAUAUUGCUGCCCCCAAGAUAUCUGCUAUCUCAGAUGUCUCACAUGCCAACCCUUGUUCCUAUUAUCUGCUCUUGAGGAUUUGGGUAUCUGACAUUUAAGCUUCCAGCAGAAGAAGGUUUAUUAUUUGUCGAGUGUAAUUCAGCCGUUUGCACCAACUGAUUUACAGAGCAUUGAGCAUAAAUAUCUAAGAGGAAGAGCCACACACUGAGAAUCACAAUAUGGUUUUGAUGCAAGUGAUGGAUGACAGCAGGCAUUGAACUUUCUUUUGAGAGUCUGACGUGGAAAUAAAUCACUGGUUGGUCCAAAGAAAAGUUAAACUGCGAGGAAUUUCUUUGCUGGUGCCCCAUUCUUAUUAAAUUUCCGAUUUAGCAUUCCAAUAGAUGGAAGAACAAACUAUACCUGUGCACCACUUUGGUUGCAGUGACAAGACAAUGAUCAGUCAACAAGGAGAUUAGGGUUUUUGGGAUGUAGCGCUGUCUAUCAGAUAAUUUCCAUUGACAUAACACACCACAACCUCUCUAUGUCCAAAUAUUGCUCAGGCAGCGCUCAAUCUGUCAGAGAUUUGCAUGAGUGGGGCAGUAGAUUUACAGAGAUUUCUGUACCCACUUCAUUAAAAAGUGUAGAGAAAUCUGAGAGAGAAGGCAAAUGACUUGUAUUGACAUAAAAAUCCAAUCAGUAGCAACUGCACUUAACCUAGUGCCUUACAUUUAGCCCAUUAGCUUAAGUAUUUACCUAAGUGCAAUGUGUGUCAAUUUUUGCUGCAUUGAUCUAAGUGCCUUAUACCUUAACCUGAGGGAAAGUCUUAGCAUCAACCUGAUGCCUAAUUAACCUGAGAGAUCUUACAGUCAACCCCAUGCCUUACACAUUAACCUGAAAGUGUCACAAUGCCUUAUGCCCUAACAUAUGGACCCUACAAUCCACCCAAUGCCUUAUGCAUUAAAAUGAGGACUUACAGUCAACCUUGUGCCUUAAACAUUAACCCAAGAGCUGUAAACUCAAGAGGAUGCCUUACAUAUUGAGUAUUUUCCUUCAGAACAUCCCAAAUACACUGAAGGGUAUCUGAUGCUCACGGCUAUCUCACUCUACAGUACUGAAGCCAAUGGACUGUGAUAUGUUACUCCCUGUGAACUCAAUAUUAUAGACAGAGAUAACAAGGUGUAGAGCUGGAUGAACACAGCAGGCCAAGCAGCAUAAGAGGAAC